AUGGCCUCUCCCAGUGUGUAUGUGCUGAUCUUUGCCUGUACCUGUGCAGUGAUCCUGGGCGUGGGGCUGUGCGCCAACCUGCUGGUCUUCUCUCUGUUUGCCAAGCACAACACGUUGCGUAAGAACCGCCUGGACAUCCUCCUGCUCAGCAUGACCCUGGCCGACUUCCUGACCCUCCUGCUGAUCCCCUUCAUGCUGCACUCCGCCGUCAGCCACUCCUGGCCCCUGGGCGACGUCUCCUGCAAGGUCUACCAGUUCCUGCUGGCCUUCAGUCUGGCCGCCUCCACCUACUCGCUGUGCGCCGUGUCCAUGACCCGCGCCAUGAUCAUCACCAACCCGUACCAUCCGCCCACCAUGGAUCUGGUCGUGCGCAUGUUUGUCCUGGUCUGGGCCCUCAGCUUCUUCAUCAGCCUGCCUCUGCGGAUGUUUGCCACCAAAGAGAGCCUGGGCUCCGGCCUGUCAGACUUCACCUUCUGCCUUCCAACCAUUCAUGAGCACCACUACCAAGUGGUGCUCAGCCAGUUUGUACUUUACUACUUUAUUCCGAUGCUAAUCAUCGCCUUCAACUAUGUCCGCCUGGCGCUGUUUCUCCACAAGAGCCCUGUAAUGUCCCUGUCCAGCGCCAGGAAUACCCGCAGGGCCUCGUGCAUGGUGUUCCUGGCCGCCGCCACCUUCUCGGUGUGCUGGCUGCCCGGUUACGUGCUGGAGCUGUGCCUGUACCUGGGACUCUAUCGCCACGGACACGCUUGGGAGUCGUUCUACUUCAUCUGCACGGUGCUCCAGUACCUGCACCCCUGCGUCAACCCGGUGCUCUACGUGCUGCUGUCGAAGCGCUAUCGCCACAGGAGGGCAGCCUGGCUCUGCGGCUGCAACAGGAACCGAGUGCAGCCGCAGGUCAUCAGUGUCACGGACAGCUUCUGA